AGAUUCUACCGAUAGAUGGUAGUCCGCUUGUUUGUUGAUAUUUUACGUAAUGGCAUCGAAGGCUGUUACGAUGACGACGUGUUAUCUUUAGCAUGUUUUCGACAAUUAGCUUCAACGGAUCUUUACAUUUUCCGAUUAGCAACGAAAAAGAAACGAGCAGCAAUGUCGUUCUACAGAAAUGUCGUUUGGUUUGCUAGAGGAAUGAAGGAUUAUACCAAGGGAGGAUAUGAGUCUGCUAGUAAACAUUUUAACCCAGCUGACCUUGACUUGAAUGUUGACUGUUCAGAAAAGUCAUACAUGAUAACAGGCGGCAAUAGUGGAAUUGGAAAAUGUAUUGCAUUGGACAUUGCUAAAAGAGGAGGAACAGUUCACCUUGUAUGUCGUAACAAAAAAUCAGCCCAAGAAGCUCAAACAGAAAUUAAAAAAGCUUCAGGAAACAAUAAUGUCCAUGUUCAUUCAUUGGAUCUUUCUGAUUCUAAAGGUGUUGUAGAAUUUAGUAGAAAGUUUGUUGAAAGUGGAACUCAGCUGAAUGUAUUGGUCAACAAUGCAGGCUGUAUGAUAAACAACAGGGAAGUUGAUGCCAAUGGAAAUGAAAAAAACUUUGCUACAAAUACCUUGGGGACCCAUUUGCUUACUACAACUCUUAUCCCUGUUUUGUCUAAGUCAAGUCAACCCAGAGUUAUUAUAGUUUCCAGUGGGGGCAUGUUAGUUCAAAAGCUAAAUGUAGAUGAUUGGCAAUUGGAAAAGGAAAAGAAGUUUGAUGGAACCAUGGCGUAUGCACAAAACAAGAGACAGCAGGUAGUAAUGACGGAGCAGUAUGCAAAAAAAUAUCCAAAUAUCCAUUUUUCGGUUAUGCACCCUGGAUGGGCCGACACUCCGGCUGUUCGCUCUUCCAUGCCGGAAUUUUACGAGAAAAUGAAAGACCGCCUUCGCACUGCCGAGCAGGGAGCUGAUACAGCUAGUUGGCUGGCUAUUUCAGAUGCAGCCUUAAAACAAUCGUCUGGUUUGUUUUUUGAGGAUCGCCGUUCAGUUUCAACCCACUUACCGUUAGCAUGGACUCAUUCGACUAAAGAGGAAGAAGCCAAAUUCAUGGCCAAGUUAGAAGCCUUAGCUGACGAAUUCAUGAAGAACUAAUUUUCGAUCAUUACAAGUGUGCAUUGAAAUUUCAGCUAUCGAUGAUACUCCAUGUAUUGUACCAUCUCGAAAUUUUCAAUGUUGGACAUUGAUGCAACGUGUGCACAUUUUGUUAAAGAUUACAAUUGUAAUAUUCGA